CUCUGCCUCUUUUUUCCUUUCUCUCCUACCUUCCCUCUCCUAUUUUCUCCAUUCACACUCUCCCCGUCCACUUUUCCCUCUCACACUCCCCGCUUUUCUUUUUCUUCCUUCCCUCUUCUCCACUUCCAGCUGUUUUUGGCGCAGGCAGCCAGAACGAGGGAAGUUCUCCACCAAUUGUCUACGUCCAGAGAGAGGAGCUCAGGCGGUUUGGACCCCACCCCCCUUUCUGUCUCUCCCCUUUUCUGUGUCCUGUUGCUCCCCCUUUUUUUUUUUUCUCCUUGUGCAUUUUUCUCUCCUCCCCUUGUUGUGAGAGAGCACACCUGCUUGGUUUUGGCUGCCUUGCGCUCCGAUUCCAACAACCCCACAGGCCCUGUCAGACACUUUACAAUCUCAUCCUCCAAGUGGAGUGGAUUUUGGAAAGUCAAGCUCAUCUCACCGGCUUCACUUCUCCCCGUCUGGCUUCUCCUGAGAACAGGCUCUCUGCUAGCGGCACCAUGAGGACGGCCUGYCUCUCUCUGCUCCUGGUCACAGCCUGCUGGGCUCUGCCCUUCCAUCAAACCGGCUUCCUAGAAUUUAUGAUGGAAGAUGAACCUGGGUCAGGUUUGAUCCCAGAGCAUGCAGAACCUGAACAACCUAGGGUGUUUGAUGAACCUAAGUGCCCCUUCAGAUGCCAGUGCCACCUGCGUGUGAUCCAGUGCUCCGAUCUUGGCCUGAAGGUGGUUCCUAAAGACAUCCCUGAUGAUGCCACCCUGCUGGACCUGCAGAACAACAAGAUCACUGAGAUCAAGGAGAAUGACUUCAAAAACCUGAAAGGACUGCACGCCCUGAUCCUGGUGAACAACAAGAUCACCGUCAUCCAUGCCAAAGCUCUCAGCCCCCUGACGAAGCUGCAGCGCCUCUACCUGUCCAAGAACCUGCUGAAGGACGUGCCGGCCAACAUGCCCAAGAGCCUUCAGGAGCUUCGCAUCCACGAGAAUGAGAUCACCAAGAUCAAAAAGGCCUCCUUCCAGGGCAUGGCUCACAUGAUCGUCAUGGAGCUUGGGUCCAACCCUCUGAGGAGCGCAGGAGUCGAGGCCAAUGCUUUUGCUGACCUGAAAAGGGUCUCUUACAUUCGGAUUGCUGACACCAACAUCACAGACAUUCCCAAAGGUCUGCCCAGCUCUCUCGCUGAGCUUCACUUGGAUGGAAACAAGAUCACCAAAGUAACAAGCGAUAGCCUUAAAGGCCUGAAGAACCUGGCCAAGCUUGGACUGAGCUACAAUGAGAUCAGCACCGUGGAAAAUGGCUCUCUAGCUAAUGUGCCACAUCUGCGAGAGCUGCACCUCGACAACAACGUCCUGACCAGCGUUCCUCCUGGCCUCCCUGAUCAUAAAUACAUCCAGGUGGUCUAUCUCCAUGUCAACAAAAUCGCUGCUGUGGGAACGGAGGACUUCUGCCCUCCUGGCUUCAACACCAAGAAGGCCAUGUACUCUGGCAUCAGCCUGUUCAGCAACCCCGUCCCUUACUGGGAAGUCCAGCCGAUCACCUUCCGCUGCGUCUUCGACCGCACCGCUAUCCAACUGGGGAACUACAGGAAGAAGUAGAGCCGAGUGGCUCUGCGAGGAAGAGUGUAUUUGUAGAUGAGCGCAUGAAAGAUUUGUGUGUCAGGGCCAUAUCCCCGCAAACACUGAUCCCCUCCCCUCAUUUCCAACACUGCCACCUCCUGAAUAAUAAUAACAUUAAUAAUAUACACUCACAAUUCAACACUCUUCUACACAUGGACCUAAACCCAACAUAUCGUUUACAAUAUUUAGCUCCAAGGUUGUACACAGUACUUAUAGUUAGCACACGCUCACAAUGGUGAUGCUCCAAAACACAACAUAUCAGUCACAGAAUCAGUUAAGCAAACAUAUACAUUUUAACGUUCUUGUUCUUAAUUGUAAAAAUAAACCAAAAAGAUUUUAAACCUCACAACAAAAUAAGGCUAUGGAUCUGGACUAGAUUGCAUUUUUCAACUGAAGCGGGCCUGYAGAGCAGGCAGCAAGGGUAACCUGUGUUUAAAUCAUCGAUAUCAUCCUGUUUUUUGUUUAGUUUUGGUUUUUUAGAAUGUAUUUGAUUUUUUUCCUGUACGAGAGGAAGAGCAUUCAGAGUGAAACAUCAAUGUUGUGAAAGAACUGGAGUUUCUAUUUGUAUUGUGCUCAAUUCAAAUAGAGAUAAAAAAGCAACAAUGACUUCUGCCAUGUUGGGAUUUUUUGUGCUUUUGUGCUGUUUUAGCUGUUAAAGACAUUUUUUAAACAUUUUUCUCCAUCUCAUUCAUCUCCUGUUUGUGUCAGUUUUCUCAAAACAAGUUGCAAACAGCUUCACAAACUGCAAAAUAAACCAUAUACUUCUAAAAAUCAAAAGCAAUUCCCCCAAAAAAAUAUAUGCAUGCUUUUUUUUUUCUUUCAACUUGAACGAACUGCUUUCUGGACUUUUUUGUUUCAAUUGUUUAUGUAUUUCUUCAUUUUUACUUGCCCUUUAUUUCUCCUCCGAACAGUCAAGAUAAAUUGGAGGGUGCGUCCACAGCGCCCGUGUUGGUGUGAAUGUUUUCUGUAUAGACGCUGUAUAUAAAUGCUGUAUAAAAAAAUAAGAAAAGAAUCUCAUUGCUUAAAGGCACACGCACUUACCAAUGCUCAGACUUAAUAUAUCGGCAACAAAAGGUGUUUCUCUCUUUUUUUUUUCAACCCCAUCGGAGCAGGGGCUCCAGCUAAGGUGUCCUGAACAAAAUAAAAAUACUAAUAAAAAARCAGUAUUUGUUA